CUCUCUCCCCCCGCAGGGGUGGCAGGCGGCGGCGGCGGUAACGGUAACGACUUCCAGUGGUGCUUCUCCCAGGUGAAGGGGGCCAUCGACGAGGACGUGGCGGAAGGUGCCAAUAUUGAAACCCAUGGACCUAAUGGUAGAAGCAAGUCCCAGAAGGAUAUUUGCAAAUGCACAUACUUAUCACAUAAACUCUAUUUCAGUAAAUAGCGAUCAUGAAACAUACCUUUCUGCAGAUGACCUAAGAAUUAACCUAUGGCAUUUAGAAAUCACAGAUAGAAGUUUUAAUAUUGUAGAUAUUAAGCCUGCGAACAUGGAGGAGCUGACAGAAGUGAUCACCGCUGCAGAGUUCCACCCCCAUCACUGUAACGUGUUUGUCUACAGUAGUAGCAAAGGAACUAUUCGACUCUGUGACAUGCGUUCUUCAGCCCUCUGUGACAGGCAUUCAAAAUUUUUUGAAGAGCCUGAAGAUCCUAGCAGCAGAUCAUUUUUUUCAGAAAUAAUCUCAUCGAUAUCUGAUGUAAAAUUCAGUCACAGUGGUCGAUACAUGAUGACAAGAGACUACCUUUCUGUUAAAGUCUGGGAUCUCAAUAUGGAAAACAGGCCUGUAGAGACAUAUCAAGUUCAUGAAUAUCUUCGAAGCAAGCUUUGUUCCCUGUAUGAAAAUGACUGCAUUUUUGACAAAUUUGAAUGCUGCUGGAACGGUUCUGAUAGUGCUAUCAUGACUGGAUCUUACAACAACUUCUUUAGAAUGUUUGACCGAAACACACGGCGGGAUAUCACUCUAGAAGCAUCCAGGGAAAGUAGCAAACCUCGUGCCAUCUUGAAACCGCGUAAAGUGUGUACAGGUGGUAAAAGAAAGAAAGAUGAAAUAAGUGUUGACAGUCUGGACUUCAACAAGAAGAUUCUUCAUACAGCAUGGCAUCCCAUGGAGAACAUCAUUGCUGUAGCUGCCACCAAUAAUUUGUAUAUAUUCCAGGACAAAAUUAACUAAAGAUGACUUACUUGAGGACAGAGUUGUCUUCUUGCAUAGUUAAGCUCAGUUGUUAUCUGUAAAAGAGAAGGCCUUGUUGUCCUACCAGUGAAGAACAUUGAUGCACUUACUUCCCUUUAGAUAAAGGAGAGAAUCUGGCCUGUGUUUUGAGUUCAUGGUGUAGUUCUGCCUUCAGUGGGGGUAUGGAGUGUCAGUUGCAAUUUUCUGAGAAAAACCCUCUAGAAGCAGAAUUGAUGGACAGUGCUCAAUCAGGCCAAUACUCAAAAAAAAUGUAUUUAUUUAAGUCUGAGCCUUCCUUCCAGUUUAUAGACCAAAAAUUUAACACCCAAGAAGAAAAAUUGUCAUAAAAAUGUAAUUUCUAUCUCUUGCGCUCUUUCUCUGCUGUAAUAUUUGGGCCUUUCAAAACAUAUAUUGUGCUUAAUGCCUGUAAACAUUCCUCCUCUGGCCUGUAUCUAGGCUUAGGUGUUUUUACCUUUGAGCACUUAGGUAGGUCUUGAGUUGGGUUCAUAGACAGGUUUCCAUGAAUAUUUACUCACCAACUGUAUCUAUAACCACACCUUCUGGUGUAAACCACUUAAUAAAAUAACAAGCUAUAAAAAGUGUUUUUAAAUCUGAUGGUAUGUAUUCAGUUUUUUUAUUUUUUUAUUGCAUGUACUGGGAUUGUGCAAAAUAACCCUAACGGGCAGAUUUGACAGUGUUUGUCCCAAACUAUUAAAUUUUGGAAGACUAGUACAAACUUUUUUGUGUAGUAAUUCAAAUUCUAAAUUUAGAGUUUCCAUGAAAAUGUCAUUUAGUUUUAAGUUGCACAAUUUUUUUCUUGUAAGAUGCCAUUUGUAUACCAAGUAGGAGAAUGAAAAGGUUGGUAUAAAGAUGUCCACAGCCUUAACAGAAAGUGACCACCUUGCACAGAAGGGAAAACAAAAUGUGUAACAGAUGUUCUUCUUUGGAGAUAAAAUAAAUAAAGUUUAUCUGAUGCCUCUCAACUGUAGGUAGAGACAUACCUUAUGUGCAUUAUGUUUUUUUAACCUUUUUAGUACUUGUCAUGAAGAUAACACUUUAUUUUAAAUAUUUGGCAUAAUGUAUUGUAUUUCACAUUGCUGUUCAAGCAAAAAGGUAUCUUGAUUAUGCCAAGCAGCAACACAGCUUCAUGCUUUUUACACAUUCUGACUUUAACACCAAGAUGUCAGAAAACACUGAGGCUACAAGCUGGCGUUAACUGCAUUUGUUAUAACCCUGUUCUUGCUUUUUUUUUUUUUUUUUUUUUAAGCCUUAGGUACUUCUUUUUUUCCAAAGGGGCCUAAAAUGCAUCAACCUUCUCUUCACCCUAGGCUAGCAUGAAUGAGAAAUUGUUCCUGAAGCUAUUGCAGCACAUUUUAGUACCAUCAGGUAGCUAAACAUUGCACUCUGUAAAAUGUGCCUGCUAAUUAGAAAUUCUUUGAAAAAUAGAUCCCUCGAACUUCUGAAAGGAGGUACAGAAGUGUGGUUUACACUCCGUUUUUAUUAAAAUGAAGGUGUAUUAUGAUUACUGAAUCAGAACUGCAUAUGCAACAGUAAAAUGUCUCUGUUCUUACCCUCUCAAUUAAUGUCCAUAGAGUGCCACUCUUGUUCACAGUAAGCUAGUAAGUACAACUAACUCUGAGGUUCUACAAAUAAAGGUUAAAUUAAAACAAACAACAAACCCUUAUACUGUAUAUUGGUUGUGACACUACUUGCAAAUCUUGAAAUGUGGAACUUCUGGGUCAUUAAAGUGUUAGAUUUGACCUCGUUCCUAGAAUGCAUAAUAGAGCUAAUACAAUGGGAUUGUACAUACUUGUUCAAUUAUUUUGACCAAAAAGUUUAAUAAAUUUUAAAUGUUUACCUGGA